CUGGGCUCACUGGUCCAUUUUGCUUCCACCUGGCCACGUGCCCUUCUUGCCUCGAUGUCCUGGAGGGCCCUGUGGUGGCUGGACAUUGUAGGCUAUUGUCCUUCGAUAUGUCCUGGGUUGUCUAGCAGGGGGUCUGGGAGAGAAUAGCUUGUACCAGUGUAAGCCCUCAGAUACUAACUGAUUCAUAAAUUCAAAAAAAGAACAUACAGUUGACCCUUGAACAACAUCGGGGGUGGGGUGCCCACCCUCUGUGCAUUCAAAACUCAGAGUAUAAUUUAUAUUUGGCUCUGUUGAUCUGCAGUUCCAUAUCCAGAGAUUCAGCCAACCCAUCGUGUAGUACUGUAGUAUUUUCUACGAAAAAAAUCCACAAAUAGGUGGACCCACGCACUUCAAACCCAUGUUGUUCAAGGGUCAACGGUAUUGAGCACAGGCUGCACGGGGCACUGUGCUAGGUGCUGGGUAUUACAGAGAACAAAGACAGGAUCUCCACUUUCACUGAACUGGUCUUUUAGGAGGCGGAGGCAGUGAGCAAAUGAAACUAAUUUCAGAUAAUGCAUUAGAAAGAAAAAACAGGCUGAUCAGAUAGUGCCUGGGGGUGUUUGAGAGGGUCUCUGAGCAGAUGACAUUUGAGCUGAGACCAGAAGGACAAGAGGAGGCCAUCUGGGGGAAGAGCAUCCCAGGCAAAGACCCUGAGGUGGGAACUUGCUUGCGGGCAGAGGGAGAGGCGGAGUGGCUAGAGCACAGCGAGUAAGAAGGAAAAGGUAGCCAAAACCCCUUAAAAUCCCUAUCGAAAAAAUGAAAGAAGCCCAGGGCGGGCCGCCUCCCUGCCCCGGGUGAGUAGCCCAGGUGGGCGGGAGGUGGGCGGGGCCAGUACCGGGCCCACCCUGGGGGCGGGGCGGCACCUGGGGCCCCUGCCCGGCCGGGGGCGGGGCUGCGGACGCUCCCCCUUCCCUCGGCUCCAGCUGGCGCAGGCAGCCGCCGCGGCAGCAAGCUGGCUGCGGCCCCGGGAGGCCAUGAAGGUGAAGAAGGGCGGCGGCGGCGGGGCCGGGACGGGGGUGGAGCCCGCUCCAGGGGCCUCGGGCCGGAGCGUGGAGACCAAGACGGAGCUGCAGGCGGAAUCCGAAUCCGGGUCCGAGUCGGAGCCGGAGGCAGGCCCGGGGCCCAGGCCGGGGCCGCUGCAGAGGAAGCAGCAGAUCGGGCCGGAGGACGUGCUGGGGCUGCAGCGGAUCACGGGCGACUACCUGUGCUCCCCUGAGGAGAAUAUCUACAAGAUUGACUUCGUCAGGUUCAAGAUUCGGGACAUGGAUUCAGGCACUGUUCUCUUUGAAAUCAAGAAGCCCCCAGCCUCAGAGCGGUUGCCCAUCAACCCACGGGACCUGGACCCCAAUGCUGGGCGCUUUGUCCGCUACCAGUUCACGCCUGCCUUCCUCCGCCUGAGGCAGGUGGGAGCCACCGUGGAGUUCACAGUGGGAGACAAGCCUGUCAACAACUUCCGCAUGAUUGAGAGGCACUACUUCCGCAACCAGCUGCUCAAAAGCUUUGACUUCCACUUUGGCUUCUGCAUCCCCAGCAGCAAGAACACCUGCGAGCACAUCUAUGAUUUCCCCCCUCUCUCUGAGGAGCUGAUCAACGAGAUGAUUCGUCACCCAUAUGAAACACAGUCUGACAGCUUCUACUUCGUGGAUGACCGGCUGGUGAUGCACAACAAAGCAGACUAUUCCUACAGCGGGACGCCCUGACCCCCAAACCAGCCGCUGCCCCAGGAGGGUCCUGGGCCCGCAGCCGUGACCACCCCAGCACUCACCUGCCAGCCCCAGGUCUUCUGCCUGGGCAGUGCUCCAGAAGCCCUGAACCCUUAGUCAGUGUUGGGAGGGCGGGUGCCUGACGUCCCCCGUCCAAGUCUGUGCAGCCCAUGGGGCCUGGCACGUGGGGUGGGGUGGUGGGGGCUGUUUGCCUCCAUAGCCAGGAAGACCUCUCGUGGGAGGAGUAGCCAGGACUUGCGGACAGCCGAGCUGGGCCUCUUGGGCCCAAGUUUCAGAAUAGUGUUCCCCUAUCCAGGCUUUGACUAGGUCGGGGCAGGGACCCAUUCCCUGUCCCCUGCCCACCACUGACAGGCCAUUUAGAGUUGUAAAUUCACAGAGGAAGGUCCUUGUGGGGUCUUGCAGUCAAGCUUCCCAAGGGGGUCUGGGCCCUGACCACAGCCCCGGCCUCUACCAUCAGGGGCUGAGAUCCUGCCUGAGGUGUGGGAGGGACCUGCCCAGAUUGCAGCCUGGGGUAGGGGUUGGACCAACUGUAUAUAGUUUUCAAUAAACUCUUUCUCCUUUUCUGUUC